ACAAACAAAAGUCCACCUUAACUCUGACACAUUUAAAAACACACUUAUCAUUAAAAUAAUCAACGCUAAUCUCACGUUCAUCUCCCGAUCGGUUGCUUGAAUCGUACCUUAUCGGAAAGCGAUAACAAAACUAAAUUCGCGUGUGUUUGAACAAGCCAUUUAGUAUGCUAUAAAACAGCCUCCGGUCAAGGGGCGCAGAUUUAGUCAGUCAAUAAGGCGCCAUCGGUUAGCUUGUGUUUGGGAACCAACUGCUGCUGCAACAAUGUUGCUGAACCCCAGCAUCGCACUGUGGACCGUAGUCGGCGGGCUGCUACUCUAUCGCUGUUAUCGCUUUCUGUUUGAUCGGCCACCGAAUUUUCCCAGCGGACCACCUCGGUUCCCGCUGCUCGGCGGGUACCUCGUGAUGCUGCUGGUCAACUACAAGCAUCUGCACAAGGCGGCACUCAAGCUGAGCGAGUUCUACAGGACAAGCAUCUUAGGACUUUACUUGGGCGACUUUCCUACCGUCGUCGUCAACGAUUUAUGGAUAGCGAAGGAGGUGUUGAACAGGACGGAGUUUGAUGGGCGAUCGGAUUUAUUCCUGGCGCGCUUGAGGGACAGGAAUUUCGAAAGGAGAGGCAUUUUCUUCACCCUCGGACCCCACUGGAAGGAGCAGAGACGUUUUGUGUUGCGACAUUUAAGAGACUUUGGUUUCGGGAGGCGGUUCGAAGAGCUGGAAGCGGAAACACAGCAUGAGGUGACUGAUUUGCUAGAAGUGAUAAAAUAUGGUGCAAAAUUCGAACACGAGCAAGAGUUUGUAACUGGUGAUGGGUUUGUGAGAUGUCCGGAUGUGUUCUACGGUUGCUUGGCGAAUAUUUAUUGCCAGGUCGUUUGUGGUGAACGAUUCCAAAGAAAGGAUAUGGCUGUGUUAUUCGAAAUGGGCCAGCACGGUCUAGUUUUUCAACAAAAGGGCGACGAUUAUGGUACUAUACUAAGUUACCUUCCAUGGUUGAAAGACUACUUUCCCGAAACUACCAACUAUCGAAUUUUGCGCGAAGUCAAUCUUAAGAUGAACGAUUUCAUCGAACAGUUAUUGAACAAAUUUCUGGCAUCAUACGAUGAGAGCCAUAUUCGUUGCUUUCUGGAUCGCUACAUACGUGAGAUGAAGGAAUCCACCCCACUACAAGGACAAUCGUUCACAUUUCAAUACGAUCAACUGGUUAUGAUUCUGUGGGACCUUCUGGUGCCAACCGUAUCCGGUUCUGCAGUUCAACUUUCGAUGCUUAUCCAGCGGCUUAUUUUGAAUCCCCGGGUAGCCACGAAAGUCCAGCAAGAACUGGAUGAGGUCGUUGGUCGGGGUCGUCUUCCCACGCUCGAUGAUCGCAUACUGCUCCCAUACACGGAGGCAACGUUGAGGGAAACUUUGCGCAUCGACACUCUCGUUCCGUCAGGAAUAGCACACAUGGCCAUGGAGAACACAACCCUGCGAGGCUACGAUAUACCUGAGGGGACAUUUGUUAUACUCGGAUUGGAUGUGAUCCAUCACCAGAAGGAGGCUUGGGGUGAUCCGGAAAAUUUUCGCCCAGAACGGUUUCUCGAUGAAUGUGGAAAACUUUCACUCGCUAAAGAUAUCUCCGUGCCAUUCGGAGCCGGGAAGCGACUUUGUGUGGGAGAAACAUUUGCGAGGAAUACACUGUUCUUGAUGUUUACAGCAGUAAUGCAGAAUUUCACCAUACAUCAAAGACCUAAAGAACCAUUGCCCGAUAUUGGCAAGCGAAUAACCGGGGUGGUGACAUCAAUGGAACCGUUUUGGAUUAGAUUUGAGCCGAGAUGAACAGUGCAUAAUAUAGACGGCUUUGGACGUUCAGAAUUAUCACAUCAUUACAAGUAUACUGAAAAUAAAACUCACCUUAGAAUAUACCGCAAUUACAAGUACAUAACAUUAAACAUAUUUGCUAGGAA